CCUUCCCUUCCCUUCAAUGGAGCUGUGGCGUUGUUGUUGUUGCUGUAAUAUUAUGCUGUGGCACUCCUCCUAUUCUCCUUCUCUUCCUCUUCGGAGCUUCCUUCUCCUCUUCUGCACCCAGGGCCCUUCCUUCAUGAUCAUCGGGACCAGCAGGGAUAUCAUUCACAGCGGCCCUGCCCUGGGAAUCUAACUAACCAUUGCAGCAGCAGCAGGUGCUACUGCUUCGGUGUUCUCGUCAUUGAUACGCAUCUUGUCGUGAUUGAUGGCAUUUUGUGAUUAUUUUCCUUGAGACGACGUUUCGAGGCCCUUUUCAAUCGCUGUCUGGUUGAGUGUAGUUCGGAUUGGAGUCCGCUCUGUUUUCAUAUUUGCGUGGAGUCCUGUUUUCGUCGCACAUUCGAGGCUGCGUCCUUGAGAGACAUGCCUUAGGAAUGCGUGGUAGUGCCGCAUUUCAAUCCCUUUGGAAGCACUUUAAUGUUAACAGAGAGUUUUCGAGGUGUCUAUUCGAAGAAAUUGGAGGUACUUCGGUUAUGUAAACUUUGGAGUAUGUGCUCUUCGGAUUCGGCGCUUUCGAGUUCGAUUCAGCACUUCAGUCUCAGACUUUGCUGCUUGAAGACCAGACUAAGUUACUGUCUUGCAUAGGUUCACCAAUUUUUGAUUUCUCGGAGUCCAGUUGUGAACUCACGUAGUGUACAUGAGGCUUCUCCCAGCUCUCUUUCGGCUGAUAAGAGAAGGGUUGGUAGAGUUCGACUUCUGGCCAAGAUCCCGAUCCUAAGGGUCUUUCUCCAUGUUCUAGGAAAGCCGGGUUGGUACCUGAGAUAUAUUCAUAGGCGGAGAGCAUGGGAAUCGUAGCAUCUUGCAGUGUGCAUCCCCGCUGCUGUAGGAUCUUCAUCCCUGGAUUCUCAUUUUACUCGAUUUAGAUUAUACUCUUUGUCAUGAUGCCGGUCUGCCUCGUCUUAUAGAAAAUUCUACAGAGUUGUGAAAUUAGUGCAGGGAGAGCUGAUCAUGAUAAUUAAAACCUGGGGUGGAUCCUGUACUGAGGGAGGCAUGCUUCUGUAGACUAAGUUACUUGCAUGAAAGUCGUAAGGGGGCAGAUGGAGCAGAAUCGUAAUCACAGUAACAGCCAUGCUGGGGGCGUGUCAGCUGGUGGUGACGCAGUGAUGGCCCGUUGGUUACAGUCCGCUGGGCUCCAGCAUUUGGCAGCUCCCUUGUCAGCGGCGGCCCUUGAUCAUCGACUACUUCCUUCUUUGCUUAUGCAGGAUUAUGCCAGAUAUGGCGUUCAGUCGUUAGAAGACAAGCAGAAGUUGUUCAGAUUGAUCAAGACAAUUAGUACUGGCGCAGAUUCAGUUUCGGAGCCCUCUACUCCUUCUACUUCUGCUUUUUCUCGUUCAAUGAGUCAAAGUGCGAUGGACGGUUUUAUGUCACCGGAUAUGAGGAGCGACUUCAAUUCAGGAAUACUAGACUUGCACUCCAUCGACGAUACAGAGUUCUUUCCUGAGGUUGCAAUGCCAGAGCCGUUCCAAUCUUCACCGUCAUUCGUCCCUAUUGUCGAGAAAGGCUUUGAGCCUGAUAAACCGUUGACCAACUUUAAAGGCAGGAUGCAAGGACUGUCAGAGGGCAGUCCUCUGCGUUCGGUAUCGAAUGAGAGGGACAAGGCUGGCAAUAGCAGUGGCCUUGCGAGAAUUAGAGUUGUGGUUCGCAAGCGACCAUUGAAUAAGAAGGAAAUUUUGCGAAAGGAGGAAGACAUUGUGACCAUUAGUGAUAUGGACAGUUCUCUCACAGUGAACGAGCCAAAAGUGAAGGUGGACCUUACUGCGUAUACUGAGAGACACGAGUUUGUCUUUGAUGCUGUAUUGGAUCAACAAGUUAGUAACGAUGAGGUGUAUCGUUCCACUGUGGAACCCAUUGUUCCCACUAUCUUCAAUCGCACAAAGGCAACUUGUUUUGCGUAUGGUCAAACAGGAAGCGGUAAGACUUACACGAUGCAGCCUUUGCCCCUACGAGCAUGUGGAGAUAUGAUGGCCAUCAUGCAGCAGCCAAAUUACCGCAACCAGGGCUUCCAAUUAUGGCUGAGUUUUUUUGAGAUCUAUGGUGGUAAACUUUAUGAUCUCCUCAACGAAAGGAGGAAGCUUUGCAUGCGUGAGGACGGUCGUCAACAAGUCUGCAUUGUUGGUCUGAAGGAGUUUCGUGUAUCUGAUGUGGAGUUGGUUAAGGAGUAUAUCGAUAAAGGCAAUCAAUCACGGAGCACUGGUUCCACUGGUGCUAAUGAAGAGUCUUCUAGGUCUCAUGCCAUCUUACAGUUAGUUGUCAAAAAAGCUCAAGAGGGAAAGGAAGGAAAGGAAAUCAGUCGAGUGGUUGGAAAGAUUUCCUUCAUUGAUCUGGCUGGCAGCGAGCGUGGUGCUGAUACCACUGAUAAUGACCGUCAGACAAGGAUGGAGGGAGCAGAGAUCAACAAGAGCUUGUUGGCGUUGAAGGAGUGCAUCAGGGCGCUCGACAAUGAGCAAAAUCACAUUCCUUUUCGAGGAAGCAAACUGACUGAGGUCCUUCGAGAUUCUUUCGUGGGUGAUUCGCGCACAGUGAUGAUUUCAUGUAUUUCCCCAAAUGCAGGAUCUUGUGAACAUACGCUAAAUACGCUCAGAUAUGCGGACAGGGUGAAGGGGUUGUCUAAGAAUAACAACUCAAAGAGGGAUAUUAGCUCAACUACUUUGCUGCCAAGAGAAUCUAACUCGUCUCCUCCGACUCUGCAACCAGCAAUUCAAGUUACUCCACAAGUAUCUGAUCUUGGGCAAGAUAGAUUGGCAGAGAAUGGUAAACGCCCACCUCUUGAUACUGGGCGAUACUUGCAGCAGGGUGAGCGGGAACUUUCCAAUCAAUCACUAGAGUAUAGUUAUUCAGGAAGAGAGCAUGGCAAAGUGAAUACAGGUGUGGGUGAUAGACAAAUCUUUACUGAUAGCGGUGAAUCAGGCUUGAAUGAUGUCUACGGGCCCGACCAACAGGAAGUCGAUAGGGCACAGGAAGUUCGGCGCAAAGUAGGUAAGGAGGAGAAGAUAGAUCGUUUAUCAACUCGUGAUGAGAUUUCUAAAUCCGAUGGACCUUCCAGACGUGAAUACAGUCGUGAAGAUUCAUCGAAACUUGAUGGAAAUUCAAGGAGACAAUAUGACUUCAAUCGCGAUGAAUCAUCAAAGCUUGACGGAAGCUCAAGGCGUCAAUCUGAUUAUAAUGGGUAUGAAACAUCAAAGACUGAUGGAAACUCCAGACGUCAAUUCGAAUAUAAUCGGGAUGAAGUAUCAAAGCCCGAUGGAAAAUCACGGCGUCAAUUUGAAUACUGUCGGGAUGAAGCAUCAAAGUCCGAUGUAAAUUCAAGGCGUCAAUCUGAUUACAAUCGGGAUGAAGUAUCGAAACCAGAUGGGAACGCAAAGCGUCAAUUUGAAUACAGUAGGGAUGAGAUGUCAAAACCUGAUGGAAAUUCCAGGCGUCAAAUGGAGCAAGCCCCAAACACUCUCACUCAGUCAAGGAUAGAGCCGGAAGUGAUCCCUGUGCAGUACAACCGCGAAGGUUAUAUCAAUGCUAUUCUCGAGGAAGAGGAAGAAGUUAUAUCAGCCCAUCGGAAGGAGGUUGAAGAUACUAUGGAGAUAGUACGUGAGGAGAUGAAGUUGCUUGCUGAAGUAGACCAACCUGGCAGUCGGAUAGACCGGUAUGUGUCUCAGUUAAACUACGUGCUCUCUCGCAAAGCGUCUGGCAUUGUUAACCUGCAAGCACGGCUUGCCCGGUUCCAGCGACACUUGAAAGAACAAGAAAUUUUAAGUCGCACAGGCGGACUUCGUCAAAUAUAGCUCGCCAGCUGUCAUUGUAGGAAGUCCAUCUUCCUCUUCAUCGACUUGCUUACCUUUGGUUCUAUAGAACCCCGUUAAGACAUCAGAAAGCAGGUUGUUUGUGACUGCCUAAAGCUGUUCCUUCCCAGGCUUCAGUCUUCCUGCGGAGGACGUCUAUAUGGCUAUGAAUUUUGGAGCAAGGCGUGCUUCUGGCGUAUAUUUGAUGUCUGGUCUAGCGGAAGUGGUUGAACUGGAUGCAGAACAUCAGUUAGUGGCUUGUAGUCUGGCCAGAGUGAUCAUAUAAUUGCCGCUCACCGUAGCUCCUAAUACUCUUGAAAGUGUCUGUUGAAGCUGCUCGCGACGGUACUAAGAUUCUUAAGUCGAGCCAUGUAGUUUGCACUUGAAAAUAGCCAAAGUUUACGUGCAUCCUGUAUCAUACAUUGAAACAUACGUACUGAUUCUCACGUUGAGUUGUUACUAUGUCAUUUUGACGGCUGCGUCAAAUCAUGGAACCCAUGAUUGACCAGCAAUUGAGCUUAUUUUAUCUGAAGUAUUAAGUUUACGAAGGA